GAUCUCCUUGCUUUUCUCAGAGCCAGUCACUUCUACUCUGCAAUGUUUACAGGAACUUCAUGAGCAGCAUCAGGCCCAGGUGUUUGGAAAAAAGACAUGCUCUGAAGAAACUUUUGCUUCAGGGAUCACAGCGGAUGCCACAGGUGUAGCCACUGGGCUCGACAGAGGAAUGGCUGUUCAGACUGCAAUCAUGAACCCUCAGUUCAUGAAUUUCUGCUUCCCUGGUUCUGUGAUGGAGUACGACGUGGAGAAAAGUCUGGAUGGGAGUCUCCUCGGUGAGACAGAAAAUGACGAGGACUACAAAGAGACCACUAGGGACUUGCUGAGCUUCAUAGACUCAGCCUCCAGCAAUAUCAAGCUGGCUCUGGACAAGCCAGUGAAAUCUAAGAGGAAAGUCAACCACCGGAAGUAUCUACAGAAGCAGAUCAAAAGGUGCACUGGCAUUAUUACACCGGGAAACCUAGCAGAUGCACCGGUUAAAAGACAAGGUUCCCCCCUGGCUCAGACAAGCCCUUUGCAGAGCAAAACUCUUCUGAAACGUGAUGGGGUCCAGGCAAACUUACAGAGCAAAAGCUUGGCAGCCCUCUUCAGCCCUGUGAAGGAUAUAAGGGGUGAAAAAGCCAAGAAACCACCCCUAAGGCAUCGCAACCUGCCCCCCUCUUUCUUCACUGAGCCUGCCAACUGCUCCAAAGUCAGCUCCACAUCUGGGAUGACGCUGAAGGACUUGGAACGAGGUAAUCCUGAGGCUGCGGAGUUCUUUGAGCUCUUGGGGCCUGAUUAUAGCAACAUGGUGAGCGACCAGGACCUUUAUCAAAGUAUGCCCGUCCGGCUGCCAGAGAUGGGAGGCCCAGAUCCUGCUUCCUACGAUGCUCACCAUUUAGUUGGUGGUCUCCUCUACUCCGAGCCCUGGACUAGCUGCUCAGGAUCCUCUAAGAAACUAGGAGAGAGCCUGCGUACGGGCCCAACCCAGCCUCCCGUCUACUGUCCCUCUGAGGCUGCUUCUGGGUCCAUAGAGGACAACGCACUGUGCACUUUGGCCUUCCCCAACUUCUUCACAGACUGCUCAAUACCUCAGGUCACUUAUGAUUUAAGUGGUGGUUAUAACAGAGCUAAUUAUUCAUCUCUAUGAGAAACUGUUCUUAGAAUGGCUGCUGGUAAAAAGCAGAAGUUUAACACUAGUCUAAGAGAGUUGGAUAUUACUGUAUCAUAUUUGUUCAUCUGUUGUGGGAGUACAUUUGCAACUGGAUUCAAACAUUUUGCGUCGUCUCUCAGCAACAACGUGUGUCACUUUCCCUGAGAGAAACAAGAAACUUCAAAUAUUGUCUUUCAUGAAAUGUCGUCAAAUGUCCAAAGCUUUUUCAAGUAACUGCAUAAUAUGUGCUUUUCAACAUCCCAGUUUCAUUUACUACACUGUUCUGUUAAAUGCUCAAAUGUUUUACAUGUGGAUAUUCUUUUCUUUAUCUCAGGCAAUUUCUAAUGACACACUGAAUGAAAAUGCAUCUGCUUUUGGGUAAGCUUCAGUUUUGUCAGCAGAGUAUUUGAGUCUGUUUUUUGAUAUGUAUCUUAUUAAUCUGGGAAUUUGUAAAUGAAGACAUUUCAUUCUAACAUGUUCAUGUUUUACAAAAAGAAAACAUACAAGCUGCAGAAACAGUCGUUGGUUAAGCCCACUAAACUUCACUUAUUGCUAGAUAUUAUAGAACUGUUUGUCAUAUGUGACAAAACAUGCUGCAACAAUCUCUCAGCGAGGCACUUUUUCGUUCCUUUAAAUAACUGUUCUGUGUAGAAGGGAAAACCCAUUUUGCUGAAAUGAUGAUUACAGCAAUGCGUGAUGUGAUGUUUGUUUUAUGACAUUUUACAGCCCCGAAAUGAUUUUCAGCUGGCAGAUUUACCACUUGUAUCCAUUCUAUUGGAAAAGCCUUAAAUGUAUCUAGCUAUUGUAAGAGGACGAAAUAAAGCUGGUCUUUAUUACUGUGA